GCUGCCAUGAUUGAAGUGGUAGCAGAGCUGAGCCGGGGUCCCGUGUUUCUGGCUGGGGAGGCACUGGAAUGUGUGGUGACAGUCACCAACCCCCUGCCCCCGAAAGCCACUUCUGCAUCCAGUGAAGCUUUGGCCUGGGCCAGUGCCCAGAUCCACUGCCAGUUCCAUGCCAGUGAGAGUCGAGUCGCGCUGCCUCCUCCUGACUCCAGUCAGCCAGAUGUCCAGCCCGAAAGCCAGACGGUCUUUCUGCCACAUCGAGGAGAAAGAGGGCAGUGUAUCCUUUCUACACCACCAAAAAUCUUGUUCUGUGACUUGAGGCUAGAGCCUGGAGAGUCUAAAUCAUACUCCUACAGUGAAGUGUUGCCAAUGGAGGGACCACCCUCCUUUCGAGGACAGUCAGUCAAAUACGUCUACAAACUGACCAUUGGCUGCCAGCGUGUCAACUCCCCCAUCACUUUACUCAGGGUCCCUUUGAGGGUUCUUGUGCUGACUGGUCUUCAAGAUGUUCGGUUUCCCCAGGAUGAGGCUGUAGCCCCAUCCAGUCCAUUCCUGGAGGAAGAUGAAGGUGGCAAGAAGGAUUCAUGGCUAGCUGAGCUUGCUGGGGAACGCCUCAUGGCUGCCACAUCCUGCCGCAGCCUCCAUCUGUACAACGUCAGUGAUGGCCGAGGGAAAGUUGGGACUUUUGGCAUCUUCAAAUCUGUGUACAGACUUGGUGAGGACGUGGUAGGAACCUUAAACUUAGAAGAAGGAACUGUGGCUUGUUUGCAGUUUUCAGUAAGCUUACAGACUGAGGAACGGGUACAGCCUGAGUACCAGCGACGACGUGGGGCAGGAGGGGCUCCUUCUGUGUCCCAUGUGACUCAUGCCCGCCACCAGGAGUCCUGUCUGCAUACAACCAGAACGAGCUUCUCUCUGCCCAUCCCUCUCAGCUCCACUCCAGGCUUCUGCACAGCAAUUGUGUCUCUGAAGUGGCGGUUGCAUUUUGAAUUUGUCACAUCCCGAGAACCAGGAUUGGUGCUCCUGCCGCCCAUGGAGCAGCCUGAGCCUGCCACCUGGACAGGACCCGAGCAAGUGCCUGUAGACACCUUCAGCUGGGACCUCCCCAUCAAGGUGCUGCCUACGAGCCCCACCUUGGCCUCAUAUGCUGCGCCUGGGCCUAGCACCAGCACUAUAACCAUCUGA